UUCAUUUUGCUAUCGUCACUUUCGUUGGCUGCGGGCUGCGUGUCGUUGCAUUUCCCGUGGUCUUCCAGUCGCAUUGAUCAGUAGCGAAGAAUAGAAACACGCUGGAGCUAGCUGUGGACAUUCCCAACUGAAGAUGUCGGAUGCCGACAUCACGGGCAAUCCCUUCGCUGCUCUGUUUCCGUCUAUGGUGGAUGUGCAAACGUUUGUUCAGGGCAGUUCGGACGCUCUCGACUAUACGCUACCAGUGACAGAAAAGGACCUAGCAUCAAGGGAGAUCGAGUCCAGUGCUACCGUGGUAAGCCCCGGUGAAUCAGCAGUGACGGGCCCAGCAAAGCGCACGCAGCUCACAACAGUCCUCGAAGAAGUAUUGAGAGUGACCCUAGAAGAACCCUCUGAAAAGACAACAACGGAAAGGCAAACCUCCUGUGUUCUCCUGACAGCUUUUAAAGAUACUAACAAGUGCCUUGAUGUGACAACCCUCGAUGAGGUGAUCUUUGAGCGGCUUGUUACGGACGAGCCUCAGAGCCACCUUGUGAGGCAUGGCAGCCUUCAGCAAAAUUCCAAAGAAGAGGAGAUUGCCUCUGAGAAAAGAGUGUUAUUUUACCUCUAUCAGAGUUUCCACCGUCUAGAAAAGUACAAAUCACAGUUAGAGAGUGAAGACUUUGCAUCCGUUGAAAAAGCUAUUAUAUCUCAGGCCACCACAUGCCUGUGCCACUGUGAAAUAUAUCCAGGAAAAAAGAUUCAGGAACAGUUUUUCUAUUUACUGAUGGAAUAUUAUGCAGAGUCAGAGCACCGAAAUGUUCUGGAACGGUUCUUAAAAGGCUGUACAGAGUGCAUAAAGGGACGCUUUGAUGCAGAAGAAGAAGAGGUCUCAUUGCUGGAAGUUCUUUCACAUUCUUUCAACCUGCUGAGGAAUCGAUUCAGCAUCAUUUCCAUAGCAAAUAGAGAGCUAUUCACACUAUUGGAUGUUCUCAAGUUUUUCACCACAUCUGUACCUAUGGCAAUGGCACUUCUUGACUUCAGCAUACCCUCAGGCCAGGUAAAUUUUCGCAGCUUCCAGGAAUCUCUGCUUGGAUCUCCUUUCUGUGUGUCUUGCCUCCCAAGACGAGAGAAUGAUUCCUAUGAGUUUUUUGAACGACCCUCUCAAGUGUCUGCACAAGAUCACGCCAUUACAGAAAGUAAUCUAUGGCUGCCCCUUAAAGGACUGGCAUCUGAAGUCUACAUGAUCUUCUACUCUUUGCUGCGAUUGUCCCCAGAAAUAAAGAACAAAACUUUGACCUGGCUUGGGCGAUGCCUUGCAGCAGGUGCAGAUAGGAGCAAGCUAUGGAACAAUCAGAUGUCUGAGUUGUUCAUGUCUGUGCAAUUGGGAGAUGGCUUUGCACUGAACUUGGGUGCCGUGCUUUUGAAGCUGUCUAAACCAUUCUCUGAGCCCUAUUCACCAAAGUUGCUGAAAGUGUUGCCAUCAUACUGUGCAUACGAAAUAGAAUCCGAAGAAGAGGCAAACAGUCUAUUUAAACAUAUCAAGGGAUUGUCUAAAGAAACCUGCUUGGUGCCAAAACCAGAAGGAAUGCUAGAUGCUAGGCCAGAAGCAUUCAACUUCCCAACAGAGUGCUUUUUUGCAACGCAUCAGGCAUUGGCACUUGGAUUUCGUGUGGUGAACGAACGUCUAGCUAGACUCAGUCAGGACCUGAACCGCAUUAGGAGGGUCUUUGAAGAUGCCCGUUCACAUGGAGGGGAGACAUCUGAUGUGGUGACUCAUCUGCAGGAGAAUAUGGAGAUAGGCAUGACCAGGUUUCUAUCACUGAAAGCUGCACUUCUGGAGCCAGACACCUUAGAACAGAUGCUACAGUUCCACAUUGCGUCUGCCACGUGGCUGUGUCAUGUUGCCACAGCCGAGAAGCUGGACAAGUUCCAGACUCUUUCUCUUCCUUUCCCCGAGCACGGGAGGGAGAGACUUGCCUACGUUCCCGAAUUUAUGGUGGAAAACAUCUGUGACUGUAUCAUCUUCGUUAGGAGGUUUAGUGAAAAGACCCUAGAGUUGCUUGGCGACAAGCUUGAGCACCUGAUGAUGUUGAUAUUGGUGUUCAUGGGUAGCCCUCAACGUAUGAACAAUCCCCAUUUGAGAGCUAGGUUAGCAGAGAUGUUGGAAGCCCUCAUGACAUCCAAAGAUGAGGACAGAUUCAGCACUCUUAUCCCAAACCUGCACAGAGAAAAGCUCUUUCACAGCCAUCCAUGUGUGGGAGAGUUAGUGCCAACACUACUCCAUGUUUUUGUGAGCAUUGAAAUGACGGGACAAAGUGUUACUUUUGAGCAAAAGUUCCAUUACCGUCGACCCAUGUACAUUGUCCUCGAUCACCUGUGGAGACUUCCUGAACAUCGCAAGAAAAUGAAGCAAUUGGCAAAGGAAGCAGAAGCCAAUAUUGAAUGUGCAACUCCUCCAUUGUUCUUGCGCUUUAUAAACUUGCUCAUCAAUGAUGCUAUCUUUUUGCUUGAUGAGGCACUUUCUUACAUGAGUCGCCUGAGAGAACUACAGCAACAGAGAGAAAGUGGUGCUGGCGGCCCAUCAGGGACGCAAGGACAGGCCAAUAUCCAACAUCUAGGCAUGCUUGCUCACUUCCACAAUGUCAUGGGUAGAGAAACCAUUCGCACAUUAGCCUGGCUGACGUCGGGAAUCACAUCCAUAUUCUGUCACCCCACCAUGGUAGAUCGCAUUGCACCUAUGCUCAACUAUUUCCUCCUACAUCUGGUUGGACCAGAGAAGAAAAAGCUCAAAGUGAAAGACCUCAAUGAAUACGAAUUCAAGCCACAAGAGCUGGUACAGAACAUAUGUAAAAUUUAUGACCACCUUGGUUCGCCGGACACGACCACUGCACAUGCGUUUUGCAUUGCAGUGUCAAGAGACGGAAGGUCGUACAGCCCUGACCUGUUUCCUCAAGCACAAAAUGUUCUUGUGAGAAUUGGACAGAUGCCACUGUCCCUGUCCAUCGGAGACCUAGCCAAGAAAAUUCAGAAAACUGCUGUGGAUCAAAAACAAGUUGAAGAUGCCAUUAAUGAUGCACCAGAAGAAUUCCUUGAUCCCAUUAUGAGCGCUAUCAUGAAUGACCCGGUCACUCUUCCGAGCUCUGGAAUUGUCCUAGAUCGUUCAACUAUUGCGAGGCACCUGCUAAGUGACCAGACGGAUCCUUUCAACAGAUCUCCCUUGACUAUGGAAAUGAUUGUUCCAAAUGAAGAUUUGAAGAGGAGGAUAACAGAGUGGAGGGCAAAAAGAGGGCACUGACUGUGAGGGAAAUCAUGCGGAUAGCAUCAACAAACGAACAAUCAUGAGAGAGGACUGGAACAGUGCUAUCCGGUCCACAUAUGACGAGAAGCUGUGUCUUACUCUGGCCGUAUACUGGUACUGAGGCGAUUAAAGAUACAAGUUUUUGUUCUUAUUUUGAAACGUAUGUAACAUUGUUAAACCUAUCGUGUUGUUUGACAUUCAGUGCUGUGCAGGAGGCAAUAUGGGUAGGUUGAUGAUAUGAAUAAAGAAAAAUGAUAUGUGCACAAUGUGUACACUAGCAGACCAAAUAAAAGUUAGCUGGUGUACUGUGGA